AUGGACGAGCACGCGAAGCCCACAGCCAUCCCCUCCCACAUCGCCAACGGUGGCUCGCCGCUGAAGAAGUCGGUCAAGUCAGUCAAGUCGCGCGACCAGAAGGAGCGCGACAGUCUUCACCAUGCCAUCCAACUGUCAGAGCGCGGCCGUCAGAUAGUCGACUUUGAUGGACCAAAGAGCUACUUCCCUUCUGCUGCCGCAGGCUCGAGUGCCGCCGUUGAUGGCGGCAGCCUGCACAACAGACACAUCGUCCGGAAUGGCGAAACCGACGUAGAAGACCACUAUGAGCCGCAGACACCCCUAGCCACCAGCCGCGCCCACAGCCCCUACACACAACACCCCACAAUCGACUUCGAUGGGCUUAGUUGGCCCAGCAAAGGCACACGGACCAGGAAGGAAGCCACCGAAGAAGAGAAAGCAGAGAAUCUGAAGAAGCUGUCCGGCGCUGUGAGGACUAUGCUGGAAUGCCUCGGCGAGGACCCCGAUCGUGAGGGCUUGCUAGAUACACCAGAGCGAUAUGCAAAGGCCAUGCUUUUCUUCACCAAGGGAUACGAGGAGAACCUACGCGACAUUGUCAACGGCGCUGUCUUCCACGAGGACCACGAUGAGCUGGUUAUUGUGAAGGACAUUGAGAUCUUUUCACUCUGCGAGCACCACCUAGUGCCGUUUACUGGAAGGAUGCACAUUGGCUACAUUCCAAACCGCCGCGUAAUCGGUCUGUCCAAACUCGCCCGUAUCGCCGAGAUGUUCGCUCGUCGACUACAGGUCCAAGAACGCCUUACCAAGCAAGUCGCCCUUGCACUUUCCGAGAUGCUGCAACCCCAAGGUGUCGCCGUUGUCGUCGAAUCCAGCCACUUUUGUAUGGUUAUGCGCGGUGUUCAGAAGACAGGAGCCACCACUACUACAAGCUGCAUGCUGGGCGCUAUGCGGAGCGCGGCCAAGACAAGAGAAGAGUUUCUGAACCUGAUCAACAGGAAGUAG